CGUCUAGCAGUUCAGCCAGCCGGUCCAGCUCCCGUCUUCUUUUCCCUGACCCUCGAUAGAAGGAUGUAUAGAAAGAUAGGAACCCAUCAAUCUGAAAAAGGAAAAGAAAAACACAAACAAGGCAUUGAGAAUCAAAGUCCCCACAAUUUUUAUACUGUUGGCUUUAGGGUCCAGCAAUGUUAAUAAAUACUAUGUUUUUUAUAAUAUGUUUUUUUUUAUAUCAAAAGUUAAAAUAUCACACAAACCUCUUGAUUGAAAUAUGUUCCCUGGAAGGCAUUCUUACAGGCUAGCUCUAAACGAUGAGCUAAACAAUGAAUGCACUGAAAAAAAGGAAACUGGCUGGUUAUUGAAUUUACAAAACUUUAACAUGUAAUUUGAACAAUAUUGUUUCAUGUUUCAAAUGUGAACGUGAUUAAAUCAUGUACGAUUUGCAUAAAAUUCAACAACUUAACAGUUGUUAGAUUCAGUCGUGUUGAGAUAACGUGAUAAAAUCUAGCCAAACUGAUGUUGCACUCUAUGGACUCGUGAGAUCACGAGAUAACGCGAGAACACAACCCAUCUGCCCGGGAAAAAUAACGGCAGUUGGAGAAGACGGCAAUUGAGAAGACGAAGUCUGGUUGCGCGAGUUCAGUUUUGAUAAGGUAAGAUUAAAUCUGUUUUUAUGCAUCAAAAUACUAACGAAACGACGUACCUAAAGUAAUUAGCAGCUUGUUCAUCAUAUGCAGCAAUAUUUGGCUUUUUUUUAAUUUAUUAUCAGCCUUUUAAUGUCAUGUUGGCUAACGUGCUGGUGUUAGCCUAGCUAGCUAGUUAGCUGGCACUUAACUAAUCACGGUGUUCUCUACCAUUUGCUGCCCGUCGACCCAUGCACAGAGUUUUAGUUACACAUUUUGCAUCUCCUAGGCAUCUAGGUGUCAUGCCGAUUAUAUUUCAUUUUUUUCGCCUAAAGUGGCUAAUCGUAGGCACAAAUGUCACGUGUGGCGUGUGGUAAAUUACAGCCGAUGCGUUGCUAAAGCCCCGGUAAAGGUAGACUAAUCAAAAUGUCUGCUAAAAUAUGGGCAAACUUAGGUCUCACAGGGUCUCAAACGGUAGUCUGUUGCAUUUUGCUGCUUGUGCUGGUGUAAAAAUGCAUAUGAUUUGUAGUUUCAGAUACUAGUUAAGAAAGUAUUUUUAAGUUGAGUUAUGUUUCCUUACAUGCUCAAGUUGUCCGCUGUAUCAUGCUUUCAUUGCUCUAGUUUAUCUGUAUUGUCCAUAAAUCAUGGUGAUCUUGCAUGUGCAAUGCGCCAUUGUUCUGAACACACGUGCUUGUGCGGAGGAUGCUGACAUGAAAAUUUAUCGGGGCAACUAACGUUAGCACAGUUCAUAUAAUUAAAAAUAUUGUAUUUUAUAUUUUAUUGUAUAGUUUAUUUUAAUCUAAUUCCACUUAGUAUUGCUAGUUAUGUACCCUUAGUAUAGUUAGUCCUCAUCUUUAAAAUUUAGAUUCCUAUAUGCUUAAUGUUUGCACCUUCCUGCCAAAGCAAAUUCCUUGUCUGUGCAAACUUUCAUGGCGAAUAAAUCCCAUUCUGAUUAAUGGGAAGUCUUUGUUUUGGUUCACCUCACUGAUUCUAAAUAUUUCCUUUCAUAUAGGAUCCUAUUUGAACAGCAAACAAUCAAAUACUUUGAGUAAACGGCUGUGAAGAUGGGGACUCCUGUGAUCCUUAAGAUCCACUUGACUGAUAGCAGCUCUCAGAGGUUGACUCUCCCCCAUGGACUCCCUGCAUCUGUUGAUGAACUUUUAGAGAAUGUGAAGAAACAGUGUGGACUUCAGGGCAAUUUUCGACUUCAGUUUAUGGAUUCCUUGUUCGGAAAUGAGUUCCUUAACCUUACCUCAAUGUCAGAAGUACAAGACAGAGGUACUCUUAAAGUAAUUGACAUGUCAAGGCCCACCACUAUGCAGCAUGAUGAUGAGAGGUCUACAGUUCUCAAUCCAGCCUUAAAUCCACAAGCAUUCAGUCCUUCCUGGGACUCUUCGUCUCUUUCAGGUGGAUCUGUAGAUACAGAUAUACUGUCAUCGAAUGAGUCUACAAGCUCACGGUCCACUUGGCCUGCUGUCUUUCAUGUGCCUAAGUUCUCCUACGAUUCAGAAAUAAAACUUCAGCAGGCAAGUUUAGCUUAUAUUGAAAAUGGCACAGUACUUAUUCCAGAUCGUAAGUUGAAGUCGGCCAUUCUUGAAAGUUUGGUGCAGGAAAUUGUGCAGUAUAAAGUUUAUGUCACUGAUAAGGAGAUGGAACAGGUAGCCCAGAGUCUCAUCAAGACACAUCCAUGUUUAACUGAGAAGGGGUCCUCUUCUGGAUGUGGUGGAUGGAAAACCAGUUUAAAAUACAAACUAUCCAACUACCACACACAAUUGAGAAAGCUAGGCUGCCCGGAAGUGACAGUGAACUCUUUAAAAAACAAGCCUGCAGGGAAGCGCAGUGCAGCCUUUGGUGUCAAAAUAUCCAUCAGCAGAAACUGAGGAAAGUCUGGAGGCCAUGCAGAAAGCUCUACUCUUGGAUGUAAAGAAGAGAGACAACAGAGAGGUUGUGGAACUCAAGAUGGAAAAUACUUUUGCACACAGAAGACAUGAAGUUGUUCGUGAUGCACCAAUGGUGGAGGAUUUCAUGGCAAGUUGGCCUGCUCUGUUUGACGUCAGUGAGAUCAAUGCUGAAUUCAAGAGAAUCACCACUGUCCCACUUCAAUCCAAGUUUCUGUCUCAGCUUGACCUCCACUCUGACAAGCUGAUGAAGCUCUUCGAAAAGAGAGGACAGCUAGGGGAAAGACUCAAAACAAUCAAAGCACAAAUGGCUGAUUUUGAUGAUAUAGAUGCCGGACGAGAGUGUAUCAUCAAGGGAAUCUGUAUCUACAUGGGUGAAGAUCCAGAAAACCUUGUGAAGAAAUAUGUGGGCAUGGGUGAAGACGCGUUUAAUGAGGCCAUGGAAGACACGACUGUGGGAAUUUAUGUUCUGAAAGAACAUCCUUGUGAUGAACCAGAGGACAUCGGCAUUGUCCUUGAAGGCAUCAAGGUGUUGCAAGAACUGGACAAUGUAGCAUUAGCGGUUGCAAUGCUUUUUGGACUAAUGUAUGCCCUUAACUUCAGCUACCCUGCUGACCUUCGUUAUACUUUUGAGGUCAUUCAAAAAAUUCUGAUGGAACUUGAUGGAGGGAAACCUUCAAACUAAGCACUUGCUUUAAAAAAUAGUCUCUUACAGUAAAAGGGUCAGAGAGACUGUGCCGUCAGCCAAAUGGUGUAGUUGUUCCUAAAAGCAUCGUUUAGGCUAGUUUUGUUUGUUUGAAUUAACUGGACAGGAACUGGACAGGAUUUGCGUCUCUUUUUUCUCUCUCUAGAAAACAGGCUCUUUUAGUAAAGACUUACCUGUCAGCAAUAAACCAAAAGGCAUCUUUGGUACUGCUAUACCAGAUGAACCACUUUUUCAAGAACCAACAUUGUUCUCUUUGUGUUUAUUCCUCAGGAAAAACCUGAAGGUACCCUUUAAGCUUCUUCUUCUGUAUUCUAAAUUGUAAUACACAACUUGA